GGCCGUAACUGUUAAUUUAUGCCGGAACCGUUAAAGUUUAACACUAGGAUUACAAUGCUUUUGUUCAUAAUGGCUUCCCGGAUGCUGUUGAUUUAUGCCGGAACUGUAAGUGCCGGUCUACAAUAGGUGAUUUAAGCCCUAAGUCUUAAGAAAUUGACUAAUCACAGUCGAGUAUUCUUCUCAUACUUGAUUGUGAUUCGUCAAUUUCUUAAGGUAUAGGGCUUAAAUCACGUAUUGUAGACUGGCACUAAAGUUAACUCAACUUUGACUUUAAGGGAAUACGGCAAGCGAUCUUGAAAGAAAAUGUUGUGAAGAUUGGUUACAACCACAGACUUAUAUAUAGAAAUCUAUAGUCUAUGGUUGUAACCAAGCCAAUAGUUUUGUACGCUUUUUCUACGUUUUACAGUAUUUUCGAUGCAGGUAGAAAUAUUAUAAAUAAUGAAUAGAGAUAUACAGUUAAUAACUUUAGUGGAAAGAUUUCCACAUUUAUAUGAUAAGACAAAUAAAAAAUAUAAAGAUCGGAUGGCAAUAGAGAAUUCCUGGUCAUUUAUAAGCGGAGAAAUACAAAUACCAAUCGCUGAUUGUAUUGCUCGAUGGUCGUCGUUACGUAACAGAUUUUCCAAAGAAAGAGCUAAAAAAAUACCCUCAGGAUCAGCUACGCAAACGGAAUGGCCAUUAAUGAAACAUUUAGCAUUCUUACACUCUGUAGUGAAAAAACGACGAACAUUUGGGAAUAUUGCAAUAGAAGACGAAUCAAACUCCUCUUUGGAAUUACAGAAUUUUGAUCCUUAUGAAGAAAAUAGACUGUCCAAUGAAAAUAAUGACUCUAUGCAAUACAUCGAUUAUGAGUAUUUAGACAAUGAGACAGGUACUUGCACCGAUGAUGUACCUAGCACGGAGGAAUCUUUACAAUCUUUGUCAGAUAUUUUAAGUGAAAAUACAUUAGCGUUUGUUAGACAACAAACAAAAUCCAAAGCACUCAACACAUCUACACUACAAAAGCCAAUAACAUCGAACACAUCUACACAAAGACUCAUAUCAUUAAACCCAUCUACACAAAGACCGAUAUCGUCAAAUUCAUCUACACCAGAACGACCCAUAACACCGAACACAUCUACACCAGAACGACCCAUAACACCGAACACAUCUAUACUAAAGAGAUCAAGUCAAAAGAGAAAACAACCCUCAGACAUUGAAGAACAUUUAGGUAACGUUGUAGAUAUUUUUAAAAGUUUUGUUACUCGCAAGAAUACUACAAGCACAGAAGACGAGUCCUUAAAAUACUUUUGUGACUCCUUGUACGGAGAUUUGACAAAUCUCGAUAAA